GGUACAAGUACAUCCAAAAUGGCGGCAGAAGUGACAAGAGUUUGGAUUUGAAAAAGCUUGCUGAAAAUCUCGACAUGAAUAUAUUUGCUGGGAGACAAUUGCGUAAACGAUCUGGUGUGAUAGUCUACCCUGAGGAAGUUCUUCAGAACAAAGUGGUGGCGAUAUAUUUUUCUGCUAGCUGGUGUCCACCGUGCCAAAAGUUUACCCCGCUCCUGAAAGAUUUUUACGAAGAGAAGAUCCAAUCAAAAGAACAGUUUGAAAUAGUGUUUGUGUCUUCAGAUAAAACUGACUCUGACUUGGACUCGUACAUGAAGGAAUGCCAUGGUGACUGGUUAGCAGUGCCAUUCGGAAGUGAAAUAACCAAGGAGUUAAAGACUCGAUACCACAUUACUACCAUCCCAAAGCUAGUAGUAGUUACUGAUGAUGGAGAAGUUGUGACGAUGAUGGGUAGACGGGAUGUUACGGAGAAUGCGAACAGUUGCUACAAACAAUGGGCUCAUGCAGUUGCUUUAGCAAGGGGUGAAGUUGCGACCACGAAUACAAAAGGAACCACGGUCAGCGAAAUCUGAUACCGUUGCAUAGAUGUAGGUAGCCUGCCUUGAAGGCCCAAAGUGCUGGGAAUUAAGGGAUAAUAGGGAUAACAGUUUAUUCAUGUCCCUCGCAUAGUGGGAAAAUUACAGAGCAUCAAAGAAAUUUCAAUGAGAUGGAAAACAGAUAAUGCUAAGCAGUUGAUAUGCCAGAAAUGCUUCCCACAAAACGUUUUGAUACUAGCUCUAAAAUGAUUGACACAUCGACUAGUGCACAAUGGUUCUCGGCCAAUCAGGAUGUGAUUUACCUCAUUAUCAUAAAACGUUCAAUGAGUAUAUAUUUAUACGGGAAACCAGGGGUUCAGCUGCAAUCCCUCCCUCAUCUUCCUCCCUAGUGCACUACCUUGCCUCUGUCUCCAUUCUCCCCUUCGCAUUUGACUAGUACUUGGCCUUACCUCCUGAUGAUAAACCCUGUACUAGAACACACGUUAGGCUGCUAAUCUUUUAAAGAGCUUUAUGAAAUAUUCUAUUCCUUAUUUACUGUAAUUUAUUACACAUGUAUGUGCAUGUUUAUGAA